GUUACGCAACUGUCAUAGGAAUCGGACGCGGGAUCGCGAGCAGACGACGCAACAUCCCAAAACACACGGCGCUCAUCUGGGUCAUUGAGUAAACUUCAUAACUUUUGUAUAAGGUUUCCGGUAAACUUUAUAACUUUCGUCUUUUUCGACAUGUUCUCUGUCGCCCGAUUGCUCAGGUCAGCCCGGCCGGUGACCUGUAACCUCGCGAGAUAUUACAGUGCGGAAGCUGUUGGCACCAAAGAGUAUUUCGAUAAGCUCGUAGCCAACAGUAAGGUGGUGGUCUUUAUGAAGGGAACGCCAGACAUGCCGAGAUGCGGGUUUAGCAAUGCCGUUGUGCAAAUCAUGCGCAUGCAUGGGGUUGACUACGAUGCACACAACGUUUUGGCAGAUGAAAACGUGAGACAAGGUAUCAAGGAAUAUUCUGACUGGCCCACAAUACCUCAAAUAUUCAUCAAUGGUGAGUUUGUGGGUGGCUGUGACAUCCUCCUACAAAUGCAUCAAAAUGGAGAAUUGAUAGAAGAGUUACAGAAAGUCGGUAUCAUGUCUGCGUUGCUGGAAGCUGAGGUCAAGGAUAAGUGAGACCUCACCUGACACGAGCGUUUACAUCUCCGGGUAUAAUGCAGCGUCAAAUAUUUCUGUGAUACUUUUAAGUAUAAUUUGGAAAUUGAAGAGUUAAUGGUUUUUAAAUUGUACAUAGGAUGUUGUCAAUGAAAAUCACAAAGCAUAAAUAGUUGGUAAUGUUGUCAAACACAAAGCUUUUAAUUUUUGGCUGUACAAAAAAAAAUGUAGCGUUUGUUUUCGAGUAGUCAGUAAAUUAAAAGUUCUCAGGCUUUGGUCAUAAAAGAUUGUUAAGUUAUUUAAAACUAUUCUUGAAAGGAGCAGUGAUUCAAGAUGAAAUAAGGUUUAUCUUGACCAUUAAAAAUUCUGUAUUAGCAAAAAUUAAAGCUUGCAAAAAACAGCUUUUAAGGGUUCAAAUCAUGUGCAAGUUCCAUAAAUCAACUAAAAUUUGUCAGUUUGUCCGUGGUAACAAAUGUACAUGGCACAAUUAUGUACUGGGUACCAAGUGAACAAAAGGAAGCUCUCAGAUGGGCUGUAACUGUCUUCUUUGUAUCUUUUAGUUGUAAUCUUGUAAUUCAGGACUUAUUUUCUGUAGGCAGAAACAUUUUAUAAGAAAGGUAUACUUUCUUUCCAAGUGUACAGAAAUACUCAUGGGAACCUAGUUAUAAGGGAUGGUCAUGGAAUAACUGUUUUCAAAGGUGUGUCCCAUUCCCAGAUGGAAACAGGAGUAUAUUUUGUUGAUUACUGUAUAAGAAAGGAAGGUGUUUGUGAUCAGUGUCAUGGCUGCAACGUGAUAGGCUGUAGGAGCAGGAAUCCGUCUCUUCUUCGAUUUUGAGGCACCUAACCACUUUGCUGUUGGUUUUCCGAGACCGGUAAUUAAUUCUAAUUUGUGAAAGUUUUAUCGAUAACAUCACUAGGUAUCAAAGUUUGUGUUUACAGGUAGUAAUCUGGACAUUUUCAGUAUUUAUAGGUGAAAUUUUAAAAAGCAGUAAUUUAUUGUACUGCUAUUGUAAUUUAUUGUACUGCUGUUAGGAAAAUUGGAAAAGCCUGCCCGCCUUUUAUCAAGCUCAGCAGUCAAAGAUAACAAAUGUAUUUAUAAGAAAGAAGUCGAGCAACUGUCCGUUGAUUCGUAAUUUUAACAACCUGAGCUGAGAAAGUAAUCUAUGUAAACUUGUGAUAGUUACACAAACUAAGAGACUUUCAAAUAGAGAAAGAGAGAGGAAAGUAGUCAUAUUUAUAUGUAAAUAAAAAACCUCCCUGCCAUCUUGGGUAAUCGUCAAAUGUCGGUAAAAGCUAGACAUUUGAGAAAAAUAAGUUUUCAAAUUCAAAAGAAAAUUAGUGAAUUGAUAUUACGAGAACAAAACUCCAGAGGUACAAGACCUAAGUCUUUAUUUUCAGUCCUAAUCCCUUGAAUUUUAUACUGGUAUACUGCAUUGUACUUUUAAAUUAUAAGAACCUUUUUUCAGAUAUUGUGCAAUAGUACUCUCGAUUUGAUCACUUCUAGUGUACUGAAUACCUAUAUUUUUAUAGUACAGUAGCUGCAUUUAUACACAUCCAGUGUAAUAUUACAUGUAAAUAAACGAAACGAACUGGUAGUGUUCUUUAUAAAUGUUUAAUGUUGAACCUUGAUUUUAUUCUGCAUCUUGGUUUGUAGAUUACAGGUGUUGGUAAAUGAAAUGUUUACUCAUUGUAUAAGAUUCUUGGUGUCAGGUAUGGAAGCAGCAAAUGUUUUAUACUAUCUAGAUAAUAAAUUCCUUUACUUUGUUAUAGAAAAGCAAGAGGUGUUUUGUAUGUUUAAGCCAAGAUCUUUCAUUCAAGACGAGGAAUGUGCAGUUCAUUGAUGUAAUUGUUGGUAAUCCACUUCGGGUAGUGAUGAACCAGGGAUGGAAACAGAAUUGUCUGAAAUCACUUUUUGUUUCAAGUUUCAUACAAGGAACUAGCAAUUAUGGUUUCAUACAUACAUCAGUCCAUGUGUAUUAUUUUUUAUGUACAGGUACUUAUACUGUUAUUGUAUGGACUCAACAAUACCUAAUGUACAGCAUGGGAUUGUGACUGGAUACUUUCAAUAAAGUAAUAACAAUUA